AUGUUGAGUCUGAACAUUGAUCUGGUGUGCCACGCAACUCGGCGACCCGAUAAAGGCGAAACGAUCAUCGGCGAUGCCUUCGAUAUAUUCACAGGUGGGAAAGGAUUUAAUCAGGCAACCGCUGCAGCACGGUUAGGUGCCGAAGUCACGCUUGUCGGAAGUGUCGGUGCAGAUCCUUUCGGGGAGAUGCUACUCACAGCGAUAGAGAAUGAACAUAUUAACAGCAGGUUUGUCACAAGACGUACGGACAUCGGCACAGGCGUAGCAACAAUCGUUAUUGAACCGGAUGGCGACAAUAGCAUUAUCGUCGUGCCACGCGCCAAUAUGGCACUCACGACAGCAGAUAUAGAUGCUGCCGCCGAUUGUAUCGCAGACGCGGAUGUCCUCCUCUUACAAUUAGAGACUCCGAUCGCGACAUCCGAACACGCAGCGGCAAUUGCCAAAAAACACGGCACAACGGUGGUCCUAAAUCCUGCACCUGCACAACCACUGCCGGAUAGCCUUUUAAGAUAUGUUGAUAUUCUUACCCCGAACCAAUCCGAAACAGAACUGUUGUCGGGGAUGAAGAUUUCCGUCGCUGCGGAAAAAUGGGAAGCGAACAUAAGAAAAGACUUUGCAAAGGUCCUACGAGAAAAAAAGAAGCCUGCCGAGAAACACCGCGAAUUUAUCCUUAAAUGGGAGAAACAGGGACGACUCUCCACACUCCUAACGCUUUAUGAAACAGAAAAAGAGAAUUCUCAGGGACAGCAGCCCUCAUCUCCUGCAAUGAAGGCUGGUUUCUACUACGGCUUAGGCUACGUACACGCGCUUGAGGCUACGAAAACCGAUGAGGCGUUUGACACGGCGGUCCCCUAUCUACAACGCGCCCUUGAAAUUGAGCCAGAUCUGUUUUGGGCACGUUUCAAUUUGGGUGGUAUCUAUCAACAACAAGGUAACAACGAAUUGGCACUUGCGGAAUUUGAGGUGUGCGUCCGUUUGAACCCUAACUACUACCCCGUUUACUAUCGGAUCGGUGAGAUUUAUCGGAAACAGCAAAACUACACAGAAGCACUCAACGCCUUUGAGACAGCGCGAAAGUUAAAUCGGAAAUGGGAAUAUCCACAAUACGGUAUCGGUUUGGUCUACUUCGCACAAGGUGAGACAGACCGCGCCCGCGAAGCGUUUGAAAAUAUUACGCAUCAAAAGAAAAAGUUCGCACCCGCCUACAUCAAACUUGGCCAAAUUCUCGCUACACAAGGAUUUUUCGAUGACGCUUUAGCAGAGUACGCCAAAGCUGCACAGUACCAAAGCCACUCGGCACAGGAAAUUUACGAACUGGCGGUUAUCUUUAAUGAAAAAGGCAAUACAGAUGGCGCGAUUCAACUCUAUCAACGCACAAUAGAGACUGAGCCAACCCAUGGGCAAUCGCAUUUCGCGCUCGGGGAAAUCUUUUAUGCCAGCGGCAAUACCGAGGCAGCACUACACCAUUACCAACAAGCGUUAUCCAUCAUGCCGAACACUAAGGACGUUUUCUAUGAACCGUUGGAACCUUACUUCGCAGGGUUGAUGACACCGGAUCAAGCAAUGCCAAUUAUAGAGAAAGCGAUGUUCGUCCUUCCCAACGAUCCGCGUUCCUCCUUUUAUGCAGGCACUAUUGAAGCCGAUGCAGGCAACACCGAAAAAGCCAUCCAACAUUAUGAGAAAACAAUUGAAAUAAUUGAAGCGGACGCAAGUUAUCUGCAAAUUGAACUCCUUUAG